AUGAAAGAUCAGCAACGCGUACAAGAUUCAGGCAAGAACGAGACGAUAAUUUUCUUCUACCCCAUCGCGUACUAUUCCAGAUUUGACGAACUGGAACUUGGACGAAUGACGCAAUGCCUGAAGAAGGAGGUUUAUCAGGAGGGAGUAGUUUAUACGGCCAAGCUCGAUUUUCUGCAGGAGAAGCUGCAGGAAAUAGAGCACAAUCUACUUGACACGAUGGAUAGAAAGCUGGAUCAUUUGCGCAACAAGUUCGAUGAAAUGCAGCUCAGCAUGAAGGCAAGAGAUGGGAAGCUGGAUGUCGUCGAGCAUGCGUUGAAGGAAGUAGGAAGUAACAAAGUGUGCGAUUUGGAGGAAUCCAUGAAAACAAGGGACGAUCUGUGGCAGGAAAUAGCGCGCGGUGUGAACACCACACACACCAAUUUGAGUUUUCAACUGGAAGACCAGCUGACUACUCUGGAGGACAAGCUGACUACCAAGCUCAAUGAUCAACAUGCCGAAAUUACAAAACUUCAAAGUGAGACUAGAAAGCUUCUCGACGUUCAAGCAGAAUAUGGGGAAAACCAAACCAUCCAGAUGGAGCAUAUUGCGAACUCGACCGCGAUUCAUUCCUGUCUUAAGUUGGGUGAUCUCGAGAGUAAGCUGACUGCUAAGCUAAGUGAUCUAGAAGGGAAACAACAGGCCGUUUUUAAAAAGUUACAAGACGAGACGAAAAAGCUUUUCGAACUUCAAACUGAGUAUAUCAAAAACCUAACAACCCAAACGGAAGCCCCGGGGAUAUGUAAAAACGCAUCUACGUCAGGUGUGUACCUGAUCCAACUUAAUCCUCAUGAGAAGGUAUCAGUUUAUUGUGAACAGGGGGCGUUCGGCGGUGGGUGGAUUGUAAUGCAGCACCGAUACAACGGCCAAUUGAUUCAAAGUGUCGAAAGCCAGGACAUGCAAUACACGACUAACACUAAAUUAAUUCCAACUGUCAACCACUAA